AUGCUCUCUUUUUUCGCUGCAAUGCUAAUAAUAUCCAUUGCUUUUGUCAUUAGAAGCAAGAAGAGAAGCAAAAAUGUACCACCUGGGCAAAUGGGUCUGCCUUGGAUUGGUGAAACAAUGGCUUUUUACAGAGCCCAAAGUAAAAACAGAUUGUUUGAAGACUUUGUUGAGCCACGAGUUGCUAAAUAUGGUAAAAUCUUCAAAACAAGCUUAAUGGGAUCUCCAACAGUGGUUGUAAAUGGAGCUGAAGCCAAUAGAUUUUUCUUGUCAAAUGAGUUUAAAUUGGUGGUAAGUUCAUGGCCAUCGGCCUCUGUUCAGCUGAUGGGUGAAGAAUGUAUUAUGCAAAAGCAAGGUGAAAGCCACAGAUUUGUGCGUAGUCUUAUUGCUGCAAGUCUUUCUACUUCGAGUCUUGAAGUUAUGAUGCCUAAAUUGUUCACUACAAUUAGGGUUUAUUUGGAUACUAAAUGGGUUGGUCGUGACACAAUUGGUCUCUUUCACUCGGCUAAAGUAUUGACAUUUACCGUAGUGUUCGAGUGUUUGAUGGGUAUUAAAGUGGAGCCACGUGUCUUGACGACAUUCGAGAGAGUUUUGGAAGGUGUUUUUGCACCACCGAUCAGGUUUCCAGGUACAAGGUUUUCAAGAGCCAAGAAAGCAAGGUUGGAGAUAGAGAAAAUGCUAAGGGAAGUGGUGAGAGAGAAGAGGAGGAGAAUUGAAGGAAAGCUAGAAGAAGAAGAAGAAUGUGGGUCAUUGCUUUCAAGAAUGGUGAGAGCAAUGAUAAGAGGGGAAAUCAGUGAAAUGGAAGUCAUAGACAAUGUUGUUUUGUUUGUUUUUGCAGCUCAUGAUACAACCUCCUUUGCCAUUGCCAUGACUUUCAAAAUGUUGGCUCACCACACAAACUGCUACUCACUUCUUCUCCAGGAACAAACGGACAUUGCGAGAAGCAAGGGGUCAAACCAGAAUUUGACAAUGGAAGAUAUAAAGAAGAUGAAAUAUACUUGGCAGGUAGCUCGUGAGAGCAUUAGACUGUUUCCCCCUAUAUUUGGUUCUUUCAGGAAAGCCAUUUCAGAUAUUGAAUAUGAGAGAUUUUUCAUUCCCGAAGGAUGGAAGGUCUUGUGGACGACAUAUGGAACACAUUACAAAGAAGAGUACUUUGAAGAUCCACUGAGUUUCAAGCCAAGCAGAUUUGAGGAACCUGUUUCCCAGUAUGUCUAUGUUCCAUUUGGAGGAGGGCCAAGAGCUUGUGCAGGCUACCAGCUGGCUAAAUUGAACAUCCUCAUCUUUAUACACUUGGUUGUAACUCGUUAUGAUUGGAAUUUAGUUCACCCAGAUGAGCCAAUCAUAAUGGAUCCUCUGCCUGUCCCUUCUCAAGGAAUGCCAAUGAAGAUUUCUCUAAAAUCAGACGUUUGUCCCAAUGAUCACCAAAUGUAAGCUCAUCACUCUCUAUGUCAAAAAAAACAAAAGUUAUAAAGAAGUUGCAUUCAUCAGCAAAUCAGCAUUUCGAUUCUGAGUGUGGGUUAACAGAAGGCAUCCUCAAGGAAAGCUCACCCUUUGAAGCAACAUAAUCUAAUUAUGUACAAAGAAGAUGCACUUCCUUGAAACUGAAGAGGAUGUAAAAGCUCUAGAUAUCAGAACAUAUAAUUUACAUAAUUGUGAUUCUUUCCAAAAGCAGACAUCAAGAUGUCAUAAUAAGAAACCCUUCUACAUUUC